AUGCUCCAGCAAGUCUUCCAGCAGCAGGCGGAGGAGUGGGCGGCGGAGCGAGGCCAGGAGGCCCCCGGGCUUGUUCCCCGCUGUGACGAGCUGGGCGUGUUCCUGAAGUACGCCUACGCGUUGUCUGCUUACGCGAGUCUGUGCUUCGGAGCGGUCGGAGUUCACAAGUUGUAA